CUUCAAUUCAAUCAAAACUCGUAGAACAUGGCGAAAAAAUAGAGGAUGUGCGUGCAGUGUUGUGUUAAAAAUUAUUUUCUUUUUAUUUAACGAUGUCUAAUACACCGUCGGCUCGUCGAAAUGGGGCACAAAAGAUCCGUUUAACUAUUCUUUGUGCAAGAAACCUAGUUCGGAAGGAGUUGUUUCGGCUUCCAGACCCAUUUGCCAAGAUAUCGGUGGACGGAAGUGGUCAGUGUCACUCUACAGAUCCGGUUAAGAACACUUUGGAUCCAAAAUGGAAUUCCCACUAUGAUUUAUUUAUUGGCAAAAAUGAUACCAUAACAAUUUCCAUUUGGAACCAUCGAAAAGUUCAUAAGAGACAAGGAAGCGGUUUUUUGGGAUGUGUCAGAAUUGUAAACUCUUUGAUACAAAGAUUAAAGGAUACCGGUUAUCAAUGUCUAGACCUCUGCAAGGCCUCACAAGAGGAUAGUGAGCCUGUAAAGGGUCAGAUCAUCAUAUCUCUUCUAUCCAGAGAUGGUCCAUGCGGAGGAACCCCUGUGGCAAUUGUCAGCCCUAUGGGAGACAUCAGGGGACCAUCGAACGAUGAGUCCAUCAAUGAUAAUGUAGUAAAUGUCGAAAAUGGCAAUAAUGUAGCGGAAGAAUUACCGAGAGGGUGGGAGGAACGUAGAACGCAAAACGGUCGUCUGUAUUACGUGAAUCACGUUAUGAAAAGCACUCAAUGGGUCAGACCGCAAAAUGGCAAAGGAAGAGUGAAAAGGGUUAAUAAUGAGACUAAUGGGAAUAAUAAUAAUGACAUUAAUAGAAUCGAAGAAGAAGCGGAUAGUAACCAAAACGAGCCUCUUUUACCCUUAAGUCCUGGCACAAGUACCUCUCCCAUAUCCCCCAUAAUAAGCCCCCAACAUAAGGAAAACAGACCUCCGAUAAUCAGUCCAGCUUCACCAGAAUCAAGGGCCAUAUUGCUAACGGCGUUACCAGCAGCUACGGCAUUGGAAAAUGAAGCUAAUCACCCCAAUACUUCACAGGCAGCUUCAACUAGCACACCUGCAGUUUCGAACGUAACUCAAGCGGUGCCGUCACCAAACGGCGCGAUCACCGUGAGUCCGCCGAGGUCCGCGAAUCGUGAAAGACGCCCCCGCAACGGCGAGGAGCGUCGCGACGGCAGCAGCCGACGGCAACGCGGCAGAAACCGGAAUUCGGUGCUUGCCGCGCAGGUAGCGGCCGCCGUGGGGCAAGUGGUGGCCAACGGGUCUACUAGUAGUGCGCCGACGCCGCCUUCGAAGUUGGAUUUGCCCGCUGGUUAUGAAUUACGCACGACGCAACAGGGACAAGUUUACUUUUACCAUAUCCCGACUGGAGUUUCAACAUGGCACGACCCCAGGAUACCCAAAGAUUUAACACCGUUAAGUUUGGCCUUGGAUCAUUUGGGACCGUUGCCGAGCGGAUGGGAAAUGAGACAAACCACGUCGGGAAGGAUAUAUUUCGUAGAUCACAAUAGUCGUACCACCCAAUUCACCGAUCCGCGUUUAAACUCCCAAAUACUCAAUAACAUUUUAAAAAGAGUGGCGCCCCAACAGCCGUCUAAUCAACAGCACAACGUCGUACCGCCCCCCACGAACAAUCCGCCGUCUACUUCGCUGAAUACGGCAACGACAACGGUACCGCCCACGAACUCCGGCAAUAAUUUGGCCGCUCCGCAAAAUCCCGGGCCAGUUUCGCCCGUCAGGUCGAGGAUACAAGAAGAUUUACCGCAGGGACUGUUAAGCGAAAGCGAGCAUUUGCCGAAAUACCGAAGAGAUUUGGUGGCGAAACUGAAAGUAUUAAGGGUCGAAUUGACCUCUAUGCAACCUCAAAGUGGUCAUUGCAGGUUGGAGGUGUCUCGGACGGAGGUAUUUGAGGAGAGUUACAGACUUAUAAUGAAAAUGCGGCCGAAGGACAUGCGAAAACGACUGAUGGUAAAAUUCCGCGGAGAAGAGGGUCUCGACUACGGAGGCGUGGCCAGAGAGUGGCUCCACCUUUUGUCCCGGGAAAUGCUUAAUCCGCAAUACGGUCUAUUCCAAUAUAGCAGAGACGACCAAUAUACGUUACAAAUAAAUCCGGAUUCGUCGGUUAAUCCGGAGCAUUUAAGUUACUUCCAUUUCGUCGGCAGGAUAUUGGGAAUCGCGGUGUUUCAUAAUCACCAGUUAGAGGGCGGUUUCACUUUGCCUUUUUACAAGCAACUGUUAAAUAAACCGAUUACGUUGCAAGAUAUCGAGGGUGUGGAUCCCGAGUUGCAUAGAAGUCUCACCUGGAUGUUGGAUCAUAAUAUAGAUGGCGUGUUAGAUACCACUUUUUCAGUGGAAAAUAACAGCUUCGGAGUGGUUAAAGUGCACGAACUGAAACCUGGCGGAUCGUCUAUAGCGGUCACCGAAGAUAAUAAGAGGGAAUACGUGAAGCUUUAUGUUAAUUAUAGGUUUAUGAGAGGCAUAGAACAACAGUUUUUAGCUCUUCAAAAAGGAUUUACAGAACUGAUACCGCCACAUUCCUUACGGCCUUUUGAUGAAAGAGAGCUGGAGCUAGUUAUUAGUGGAAUUGGUUCAAUAGAUAUCGCAGACUGGAGAUCUCACACGCGUCUGAAGCAUUGCACAGCGGAAACGCCGGUCGUGCAAUGGUUCUGGCAAGUAGUCGAAUCGUAUUCGGAAGAGAUGCGUGCCAGAUUAUUACAGUUUGUAACGGGAAGUUCAAGGGUGCCUUUACAAGGAUUUAAAGCUCUUCAGGGUAGUACGGGUGCUGCAGGUCCGCGCCUGUUCACGAUCCACUGCAUAGAGGCCUCGCCGCAGAACCUGCCGAAGGCGCACACUUGUUUCAAUCGUAUCGACAUGCCCCCGUACGAAUCCUAUCAGGUGCUUUACGAAAAGUUGACGCAGGCCGUGGAGGAAACCUGCGGAUUCGCUGUUGAAUGAUUGUACGACCAAAAGGUGAUACUCGUUCAAAACAAUUGAGCAAAUAAUCAUCUUUUACCGAAAUAAGAAGCACACAAGCCGAUUUAGGACGACGUGCAUUCGCUUCAAAGACUGCCAAGUGCCUUCUGCUCACUCGCCUUUCACGUUAUUUUUCAAGUGUCUCUACGCUAGUCAAACUCUUCCUAUAUCACACUGUUUGCCUUUUCAGCUUAAAUAUAAAUGUGAACAGAUCACGUGGAACCUCGCUUAUAACGGAGGAUUUAAUCAAACAAAAAAAAGGGUAGUUUUUCUAGCUUUCAUUUUAUUUUAAUACUCAUCGUGGUGGUUAGAGGACUGUCGAUUGGGUACGGUGACAAUAAGAUCGCUGUUAUGCAUUUAAAUCAGAUUCGUAACUAUGACAUAUCAAUCUAAAAAUCGUUUAUUAUCUGUUUUAAGAUUAAACUAAUUAUUAUUUAUAAGGUUAAUAAUAAAGUGAAAGACAAAGCAUAUGUAUAUUAUUAUUAGAAAUGAGAAGGAUAUAUUUUUAAUGAAGCAAGAAAUAAAAGCAGAAUUGUGAUUUAUUUA